CUGGCCGGGCCGGGCCGGAGCUAAGAGGAAGGAGUCGGGGUCGGGGGUCGGACGGUCGCGGUCCGUCCCUGUGUCCCUCCGUCCUGUGUGGUCCAGUCGAGGGCCUGCGUUCCGUACCCGGCCGGGCCGCUUCGUGGGGAAGGAGCGAGGGGAGGCGCGCGGGAGAAGGAGCUUUUCGCCCGAGGCUGGAGGAGGCUGACCUGCGUCCCCGCCCAGCCUGCGCCUAUGCGGUACCUGAAGGAUGGCGAAGAGGUCGCGCAGUGAGGAUGAGGAUGAUGACCUUCAGUACGCUGAUCAUGAUUAUGAAGUACCACAACAAAAAGGACUAAAAAAACUCUGGAACAGAGUGAAAUGGACAAGAGAUGAGGAUGAUAAGUUAAAGAAGUUGGUUGAACAACAUGGAACUGAUGAUUGGACUCUAAUUGCUAGUCAUCUGCAAAAUCGUUCUGAUUUUCAGUGCCAGCAUCGAUGGCAGAAAGUUUUAAAUCCAGAAUUGAUAAAGGGUCCUUGGACUAAAGAAGAAGAUCAGAGGGUUAUUGAAUUAGUUCAGAAGUACGGACCAAAAAGGUGGUCUUUAAUUGCAAAACAUUUAAAAGGAAGAAUAGGCAAGCAGUGUAGAGAAAGAUGGCAUAAUCAUCUGAAUCCUGAAGUGAAGAAAUCUUCCUGGACAGAAGAAGAAGACAGGAUCAUCUAUGAAGCACAUAAGCGGCUAGGAAAUCGCUGGGCAGAAAUUGCCAAACUCCUUCCUGGAAGGACUGAUAAUUCUAUCAAAAAUCACUGGAAUUCUACUAUGCGAAGAAAAGUGGAACAGGAGGGCUACUUACAAGAUGGAAUAAAAUCAGAACGAUCUUCUUCAAAACUUCAACACAAACCUUGUGCGCCUAUGGACCAUUUGCAAACCCAGAAUCAAUUUUACAUACCUGUUCAGAUUCCUGGAUAUCAAUAUGUAUCAUCUGAAGGAAAUUGUGUAGAACAUGUUCAAACUUCUGCCUUUAUUCAGCAACCCUUUGUUGAUGAAGAUCCUGAUAAGGAAAAGAAAAUAAAGGAACUUGAGUUGCUUCUUAUGUCAGCUGAGAAUGAAGUUAGAAGAAAGCGAUUUCCAUCCCAACCUGGAAGCUUUUCUAGCUGGUCUGGUAGUUUCCUCAUGGAUGAUAGCAUGUGUAACACUACACAUAACCUUGAGGAACAUACAACUGAGUUUUACAGUAUGGAUGAAAACCAGACGGUUUCUACGCAACAGAAUUCCCCCACGAAGGUCCUGGCUGUAGAGGCAAAUGCUGUACUAUCUUCUCUACAGACUAUACCAGAAUUUGCAGAGACCCUAGAACUUAUUGAAUCUGAUCCUGUAGCAUGGAGUGAUGUUACCAGUUUUGAUCUUUCUGAUGCUGCUGCUUCUCCUGUCAAGUCCACACCAGUUAAAUUAAUGCGAAUUCAACACAAUGAAGGAGCUAUGGAAUGUCAAUUCAACGUCAGCCUUGUACUUGAAGGGAAAAAGAACAGUUGUAAUGGUGGAGAAAAUGAGGCCAUUCCUUUAACAUCCCCAAAUGUGGUCAAGUUUAGCACUCCACCAACUAUCCUCAGAAAGAAGAAGAGAAUGCGAGUAGGCCAGUCUCUAGGCAAUGAACUUAAUGAUGGCUCAUUCGGUGAUGGCAGUCAUUCAGCACUAAAACACACACCAGUAAAAACACUACCAUUUUCUCCUUCUCAGUUUUUUAACACAUGUCCUGGAAAUGAACAACUUAAUAUAGAAAAUCCUUCAUUUACAUCAACCCCCAUUUGUGGACAGAAAGUUCUCAUUACAACUCCUCUUCAGAAGGAAACAACUCCCAAAGAUCAAAAGGAAAAUGUAGGGUUUAGAACACCUACCAUCAGAAGAUCUAUAUUGGGUACCACACCAAGAACUCCUACCCCCUUUAAAAAUGCACUUGCUGCUCAGGAAAAAAAAUAUGGACCUCUUAAAAUUGUGUCCCAGCCACUUGCCUUCUUGGAAGAAGAUAUUCGAGAAGUUUUAAAAGAAGAAACUGGAACAGACAUAUUCCUCAAAGAGGAAGAUGAACCUGCUUACAAAAGCUGCAAACAAGAGCACACUGCUUCAAUGAAGAAAGUCAGAAAAUCACUAGCCUUAGAUAAUUGGGAAAAAGAAGAAUCAGGCACCCAACUGUUAGCUGAAGACAUUUCAGACAUGCAGUCAGAAAAUAUACUUACAACAUCUUUAUUAAUGAUACCAUUAUUGGAAAUACAUGACAAUAGGUGCAACUUGACUCCUGAAAAACAAGAUAUAAAUUCAACCAACAAAACAUAUACACUUCCUAAAAUGAAACCAAACCCUAACACUUCUAAAGUUGUCAAAUUGGAAAAGAAUCUUCAGUCCAAUUGUGAAUGGGAAACAGUGGUGUAUGGGAAGACAGAAGACCAACUUAUCAUGACUGAACAAGCAAGAAGAUACCUGAGUACUUACACAGCUACCAGCAGCACUUCAAGAGCUCUAAUACUGUAGUUGUUACUGAAUUUGAUGAAAUGCCCCUCCCUUACUGUAUUUUAUGUUAAAUUAGGUUGCAAUGAAAUUUUUCUUAAUUCUUUAGUAAGUUUUAAUACACCCCUAACAGUUUUCAUCUCUUCUAAAUUGGGUAUGUACAAAGCUAAUGAGUUGCUUAAGUAAGGGGUAGGCAAAUUCAUUAUUCAUAUUUUAAGAUAUAUUUUUUUAAAAAAUUAAAAGAACAAAAUGAGAAAAUAAGAAUGUUCAUGGGUAUUCUAAAAGUAAAUUCUCACAUAUUUUCUUCACAAGAUAAAUGGUCGCUAUUCUCUUGAGGCUAUAUAUAUGUAUUAUUUUUGUUAUAAACAAGUGUUAAGUACUUGUUGUUAUCUCUGGUAUUAAUCUGUGUGUGAGAAGCACAGUGGUUUUUAUGAAGUACUUUUGCCCAUAUGCUGAUUUACUCAGACUACCAUUUAUAAAGAAACACAGUGGGAAGGAGUCUAAAGGAAGCUAGGAAGUUGCACUACUAUUUUUUGGAAUUUUUCAGCAACAAAAUUAACUACAGUGUUAAGUAUAUUUAUUUGAGCAUAGUACUUUACAAAGCAUUGAAAUGGGACUUUUCUCAUUAAUAGUCAGUAUUUUCUUCAUAAGUCUCAGAAGAACUGAGAAUUUUGUUGAAUGUAUUGUACAGUAUGUAGGAGCAGGAAGACUUUGUACAUUGGAAAGAAGUCUGUUUUUAUAAUUUAUUUUCAUUUUUAAAGCUUAAAUGUAGAUAUUUAUAUAUACAUAUAUAUAUAUAUAUACAGUGUGUCUAGAAGUCAGUCUAAUUUCCUGUCAUUACAGUUAACGUAGUAAAGAACAGUUUUGACUUUCAAGUAUGAAAUAGUUAUUAUAGCUGCAAAGAAUACAGUAUCUUAUACUGUAUGUCACAUCUACCUAAAUAUUGCACUAUGCCCUUUAAAUCAUGUCGGUUAUAAAGU